CCUCCUCCUCCUCCAGCCGAGGAAGGGAACAUGGUGGACGGCGGACGCGUGAACCGCGGCGGAGGAGACGGUUGCUACUCCUCCUUCUCCUCCUCUUCCUGAGGGGCUCCCCAGGCCUCCCCUCCAUUGCUGCAGCCGCCUCAGGAUUUGUUCAGAGGAGGUUUGCCAUUGCCUUCCCCUGAGGAUGAGAGCGUGAGCCUGAGGCUGAGAGCAAGGUCACCCAAAGAGUUUCUGUGGCCAAGCUGGGAAUCGAAUGCUGGUCUUCAGAGUUGUAGUCCAAUGCUCAAGCCACUACGCCACACUUGUUUGAUGCCAGUGACUACAGGGAAUCCCAGACACAACUAUGAUAGAAGAUAAAGGCCCAAGAGUUGUGGACUAUUUUGUAGUGGCAGGACUCACCGAUACAUCAACACUUCUGGAUCAAGAAAUAAAUCGUUCUGAAACAAAGUCCCUUGGUCCGAAGGCUCCAAUUACAGAUCUUGCUGUCAUCAUCAAGUCAGCAGGUGAAACGGUUCCUGAGGGAUACACGUGUGUCGAAUCCACUCCAACAGCACUUCAAGCCAACUUGAACUAUGGGAGUCUUAAAAGUCCAGAGCUUUUUCUUUGCUACAAGAGGAGCAGGGACAAGCCACCUCUUACUGAUGUUGGAGUUUUAUAUGAAGGAAAGGAGCGUUUAAUGCCAGGUUGUGAGGUGAUCCAGGCUACUCCAUAUGGCCGUUGUGCUAAUGUCAAUAACAGUUCAGCCACUUCCCAGCGGAUCUUCAUCACCUAUCGGAGGGCUCUUCCAGUACGACCUCAGAACUCCUUGGCUGUUACAGACAUCUGUGUUAUUGUAACCAGCAAAGGAGAAACCCCUCCUCAUACUUUCUGCAAAGUUGACAAGAAUCUAAAUUGUGGCAUGUGGGGUUCCAGUGUAUACCUGUGCUAUAAGAAGUCUGUUCCAGCUUCUAAUUCAAUUGCAUAUAAAGCAGGCCUAAUAUUCAGAUAUCCAGAAGAUGACUACGAGUCCUUUCCCUUGUCAGAAUCCGUACCUCUGUUUUGUCUUCCAAUGGGAGCUACCAUUGAAUGCUGGGAUUCCCAAACCAAAUAUCCACUACCUGUAUUCUCAACAUUUGUUUUGACUGCUUCAUCUGCAGAAAAGGUAUAUGGGGCUGCUAUUCAGUUUUACGAGCCUUACUCACGAGAGCUGCUAACGGAAAAGCAGCACAUGCAGCUGGGCCUCUUGACAGCAGUAGAGAGAAAAGUAGUUACUUCCAAAUCCAUAAAUUCCAAUAAAUGUAUCUGCCUUCUAUCACACUGGCCUUUCUUUGACGCCUUCAGAAAAUUCCUCAUGUUCAUCUAUAAGUUGUCUGUGUCUGGACCGCAUCCUCUUCCAAUUGAAAAGCAUAUAUCCCAUUUCAUGCAUAACAUACCUUUCCCAUCUCCUCAAAGACCAAGAAUCCUUGUACAGCUUUCUGCACAUGAUGCAUUAAUACUGUCUCAGCCAGUUGCUACACCCCUGCCACUCAGUGGAGCAAACUUCAGCACUCUGCUAAUGAAUCUUGGACCAGAAAACUGUGCCACUUUGCUCCUCUUUGUGUUGCUGGAGGGCAAGAUCCUGCUACACUCUCUCCGUCCAGCUGUACUGACUGGUGUAGCUGAAGCUGUGGCUGCUAUGAUCUUUCCAUUUCAGUGGCAAUGUCCCUACAUCCCCCUCUGUCCUUUGUCUCUGGCAACGGUGCUCAGUGCUCCUGUCCCAUUUAUAGUUGGAGUUGAUUCACGGUACUUUGAUCUGUAUGACCCACCACAGGAUGUUGUUUGCAUUGACUUAGACACAAAUAUGGUGUACAUCUCUGAUGACAAGAAGAGCAUGAAUUGGAAACAGCUUCCCAAGAAACCAUGCAAAAACCUUCUCAGCACCUUAAAAAAACUGCAUCCACAACUGGCAUUAGUUCACAGAAAGGCUCAAGAAGGCUCUGCAGUUGAGAUGACACCUAUAGAGGCAGACUUCUCAUGGCAGAAAAAGAUGACACAAUUUGAAAUGGAGAUUCAGGAAGCCUUUCUGCGUUUCAUGGCAUCUAUUUUAAAGGGCUAUAGAACAUUCCUCAAACCAAUCACACAGGCACCUUCAAAUAAAGCCACUGCUUCAGACUCCUUGUUUGACCUUCAAGGAUUUUUAAAAAGUAGAGACCGUGCCUACACAAAAUUCUACACGGUCUUAACAAAGACACAGAUAUUUAGCCGCUUCAUAGAAGAAUGCAGUUUUGUGAGUGACAAAGAUACCGGAUUGGCUUUUUUUGAUGACUGUGUAGAAAAGCUUUUUCCUGAGAAAGGAUCAGAAAAAGGAGAUAAGGUUGAUCUCGACUCUGCAGAGGAUACACGGUUGAUUGAGCUUGAUGAAUCCCAGAAGAGUGAACACACAGUGUUUAUAAUGCCACCGGAGCCACCUCCUGAAGAUGAACAAGAGAGGUUGCCAAAGUACAGCUAUAAAACCUUCCCUAGGCUAGAGUUAAAGCUCUUUGACAGACCACGGGAGCUCAGGCUUUCAUUCAGGAGACACCCAGUUGGAAGCAACGUUUUGAAUAGUCCAGCACUCAUGGCAAAGAGGACAAAACAGGAGAUAAAAGCUGCCCACAAAUUAGCCAAGAGGUACUACACAAGCCCUCCACAAUGGGCCAAGUGCCUCUUCAGCCAUUGUUACAGCUUAUGGUUCAUUUGUCUCCCAGCGUACGUUAGAGUAUUCCAUCCCAAGAUCAAAGCUUUACAGCAAGCAUAUGAUGUCCUUAUCAAAAUGAAGAAAACUGAUGCAGAGCCACUAGAUGAAGUUUGCUAUAGAGUUGUAAUGCUGCUCUGUGGCCUUUGGGGCCAUCCUGUUCUGGCUGUGCGGGUUCUCUUUGAAAUGAAAAGUGCUGGCAUACAACCGAAUGCAAUCACUUAUGGUUACUACAACAAGGCAGUUUUGGAGAGCCCAUGGCCUAGCAGUAAUCGCAGUGGCAUAUUUCUCUGGACAAAGUUGCGGAAUGUGGUACACAGCAUGGCACAAUUUAAGCAAUGUCUCAAAAAGUCUACAUGCAGUUCACAGGUUGCUUCAGUACCAGCUCCUCGGAUGGUCACUGGUGGAAGUGAUGGGGACACGGUGAGCCAUGGUAGUGUGGAUAGUUCUAAUGAUGCUAACAGUGGGGAGCACACACUCUUCGUCAGAGACUUAGUCAGGCUUGAUUCCAUUGAUAAUCACUCUAGCACAGGUGGCCAGUCGGAUCAAGGCUAUGGUUCUAAAGAUGAACUUAUAAAGGAUGAUGGAGAUAGUGUUCAUUCAACAGAUCUACUUGUAAAGAAAGAGCUUGCUACUAAAGAUGAAGAUUUAAUUGGAGAAUUUUGUGGUGCCAGUGAUUCUCUUGAAAAGCAGCAUCCUAAUGCAGAACCGCACAGUUCAGUGGAAGUGCCAUUGCAUCCUUCAAGCAGUAUUGUGAAAGUUCCCUCUGGCAUUUUUGACAGCACCCGCAGGAAGAGUAGUGUUGGAACUGCAAUCAGCCCGCUGCUCAUAGCUCAAGAUUUAGUAGAAGAUCCAGUGUUUGAUUACAAUACUUCUCCCAAGAGAACAAGUGAAAAAGGAAAGAAAAGACAGAAGCUAUUUUCAGAAAGGAGUUGCAGCUUUAGCACUGAAAGCAGGGCAGGCAUGUUGCUGAAAAAAAGCAGCUUGGAUUCUAACUUCAGUGAGGCAGCAAUCAUGAUGGGCGCGGAUGCAAAGAUCCUUACAGCAGCACUGUCCGUGUCAAAAACAUCACCAUCUCACAGUUUUGACAAUGCAGGUGGUGCACAAUUCUUCUGUGGUACAGAUACAGAUAGGACUGGUGCGAAUGAAAAUGUUUGGGAAACAGAUUCCAGAUCUUCACCUGUUUUGGAGGAGCCUGAGGAGGGGCAGGAACAGCUCAGGAAUGGUCAUGACACCAGUGCAGCCAAAGCAGAGGGCAUGAACUUAAAUCAUCUUGAUGCUAGUCAAUCCAAGCCUAAGAAAACUGAAUCCAAAGAGGCAGUGAAUAAGAGAAAUAGUUUUUAUGGCAUAGCCAAACCUGUUGAAAGGGAAGAUGUUCAGGUGGGGUUGGACCCUUUAUCAUUGCUGGCAACUGAGACAGUAGAACCCAAACCUUCUGAACAAGAAGAAAAAAUGAUGUCACCAGUUGUAGUCCGCAAUCUGGCAGAUGAAAUUGAAAGCUACAUGAACCUGAAAAGUCCUCUGGGAAGCAAAUCAUCCAGCAUGGAAUUGCACAGGAAUGAAAGCAACCAAGAGGCCGUCUCUCCUGGUUCAUUAGGACAUUCUUUAGAGAGGAGAUCAAGCUUGCCUUCUGAUUCCACUCCAGCACCUCAAGUUCAGCAUGCCACUCGGAAAAGUCCAGCUGUUUCCAGGUCCAAAACCUUUACUGGAAGACCAAAGCAACUAGCUCUUUCACGUGCCCAGAAAGAACGGUCUAUAUCUUUAACAGGGCUGGGUCGUUCUUCACCACAGGCUUCAUUAGGUGCAGUAGUUACAUCACUGUCAGGCCUGAAGCUAGACCACAUAUUAUCUGGCCCUAAAAUAGAUGUCCUAAAGUCUGGCAUGAAACAAGCAGCUAAUGUAGCCAGCAAAGUGUGGGGAGCUGUGUCCUCAGCAUACAGCUAUUCAGAUGAUGAGGAAGAAAACAGUCAACCUGAUUUUACCUUUCCUGCUGGGUUUGAAGAUCAAAUUUUAGGUGUCUGUCAGUCACCAAAAACAGGAAUCACAGGGCUUGCAGCUAGUGAACUUGCCCAAAGUACCACCAGCCUGGGAAGCAGCAGCAGCAGUGGAGACACAGGAAAGCCACACUAUCAAACAGGUGAAGUUCUCUUCCCAAGAGGUCUGAAGGCUCCAGAUUCUGAUAAGUCUGAACAUGGCUCUUCACACAAUACCAGUUUGUCCAGCAUCUUCCAGAAUUGUGCAAUGGAGGUCUUAAUGUCAAGUUGCUCUCAGUGUCGCGCCUGUGGAGCACUCGUUUAUGAUGAAGAAAUCAUGGCAGGAUGGACUGCAGAUGACUCCAAUCUGAAUACUACCUGCCCAUUUUGCAGAAGCACUUUCUUACCUCUUCUUAAUGUGGAGUUUAAAGACUUGCGUGGUCUUGCUAGCCUGCUUUUGAAACCAAGUACCUCUGGUGACAGUUUACACAGCAGUAACAUUCCAUUAACCACUGAUUCCUUGGAGCAGAAGCCUGUUUCCAGUCCUGCCACUGACUUUAUGAGUUUUUCAGAAACCUCCAAUGCCAAUCAGACCAUCACUGAAGAAAGCAGCACCACAGCAGUGCAGAGUACUGGUAUAGAGGCAGCAGAGGUUAGAGAUCUCAAAGACGCCCGGCCAUCUGUUACAAGCAACACAUCAAAACGAGGGACUUCUCUGACUCGGAGCCACAGUGUUGGUGGCCCCUUGCAAAAUAUUGAUCUCCUCCAGAGGCCAUUUCAUGGAAUUUCAACAGUGAGCCUGCCUAACAGUUUGCAGGAAACUGUGGAUCCCAUGCCAAAAAGGACAAAUCCUCUGCCUCUUUCUGUGCCCUAUUUGAGUCCAUUGGUACUUCGGAAAGAGUUAGAAUCUUUGUUGGAGAAUGAGGGAGAACAAGUGAUCCAUACCUCAACGUUCAUCAAUCAACAUCCUAUUAUUUUCUGGAAUUUAGUGUGGUAUUUCCGGCGUCUGGACCUCCCAAGUAACUUGCCAGGACUUAUUCUGACAUCAGAACACUGUAAUGAGGGUGUGCAGCUUCCUCUGUCAAACCUUUCUCAAGACAGCAAGUUAGUGUAUAUCCAGUUACUGUGGGACAACAUCAAUCUUCAUCAAGAACCUGGAGAGCCCCUGUAUGUCUCCUGGAGAAAUCUCAAUUCCUCUGAGAAAAAACCCCCAGUGAAUUCAGAAGAGCAACAAGCAAUAAGCACUUUAGUUGACAAUAUCAAACUGAGUAUUCAGCAUAAUGACGUCAUUAAACCAAUAAACCUCCUUGUGGAGAAAGUUAAGCAGGAUGGAAAACGACAAAGGAGUUUUUACAGAGAAAUCCUUUUCCUGUCUCUGGUGUCCCUUGGGAGAGAGAAUAUUGACAUUGAGGCUUUUGACAACGAGUACAGAGCUGCAUAUAAAAGCCUUCCAAAAGAAGUCCUUGAAAAGAUGCUAACGAUAGAUGCACCACCCAGCAGUAGUGUUGAGUGGUGCAGGAAAUGCUUUGGAGCACCAGUCAUUUAAACUACCAUCAAGUAUGAUGAAAAACAAAGGAGGAAACAAAACUGGGAAUGUACUGAUGUGGAUCCAGGUUCCACAACCUGAGGUAAAGUGGCUGCGCCCAGUCCAUUUCAGGAGUAAAUGUAGCACUCUUCUGUGACAGUUUGGUAAUCAUACUAGCCCAUGACAUAAAGUAAAUAUGCUAGUUCAAAGAACCACUUGGUUUUGAAUUGACCAUUAAUUUUACAUACACACUCUCUAUUCCAUCCUUUUCCAUCUCAUGUCUGGAAGAAAAUGACAGUGGAAACUGACAUUUAUUUGGUGACUUCCUUUUAAAGACUUGGGAUGUUAGAAUAUUUCAUUUUAGCUGCCCAUUUGCCCAAGAGCACAUUAAAUUAAUUUAUGUAAGGAAGAGCCCUUGUUUAAAGAGGCAUCUGUUCACUGCAUGUAUGUUUCAAUUGUGAAUUGCCAUUCUUUUCCCUUGGACUAGAAUAUCAAACUGUCAGUUUUGUUAAUACCCAUUAUCUCUAAAUCAGUCACCAUCCUGGGCCAUAGUUAAAAUGUAGCCUUGGUUUUGGUUCUUGUAAACUUGUUAUUUACUCAUUUUCAUACUAUACUACAGUACUUUAAAUAAUUUUAAACUGUAUAUACAAUUGUUAUUUUCUCCCAAACAAUGAUGGGUUUCUACCCUGAGUGAUUCUAAGGCCUUUGUGUAAAAGAAAGUGGAGAGUAAAUGAAUCUAGGGUACAUAAAAGGGUAUGAAAGGGUAUACCAUAUACUUUUUUAGAAUUCAUGUAAAAGUAUAAAUAUGCACAUGUGUAUGGGAAGGGGGCAAAGAAAGCUUCAGGUGCACUAAUGCCUCAUCCAUGCUCAUCUUUCUAACCUGUGGGACAAUAUAUAUUUUUUGCACUGUCCAAGUUAAAUUCUUUUAUCAUAAAUGUAUUUAUACUCACACACUUGAAGAUGUGUUUACUGAGAGUGAAAAAAAUUUGUAAAUGUUCUUAAAUUUUUUAAUAUCCCUGGUUAACUGCCAGUUGGUCUUGGAGGGGGGGGGGUUACUUGGAUUUACACCCUGUAUUUCUUGACAGUCCAUGGAUGUUUAUCUAACAUCUGACAGCAUUGGUGUGUAGUAGUCCUGCUUCUGUUCAGCCCACAGGGUGCUGUAAACCUUAGGGAUGUUCAUGGAUUGCUUUAUGAAGCAGAUCCACAGGGAGGAAUUUUGUGGAUAAUGAUUAAAGCACAAACCAAUUGUGGUUAUGAGUGCAUUCUGCCUAUAGUCAUCUUUAUGUUUCAUACUUUUGUAGUACUAGCACAAAAAUACAGCGCAAAGCUGGGCAGGAUUGUGAGCAUUUUAAUUACAACACAAUCAUCCAGUCUAGCAGUGAGAAUUUUGCACUUGUCAGAACAGUUUGGCACUUUAGGUUCAAAUAUAUCUUCUGUUAAUGCUAAGCAAUGUUUCAGAAUAUAUUUGCCGAGAAUGUUUUUAAUGUGCCCUUCAAAAAGCAUAGUACGUUAGCAGUGUCCAUUGUGUCCCUGCUGUUUCUCAAAAUGCAGAUCACUAGUGUCUUAAACUUGCCUGUAGAAUUGGUUGGUAGUUGUUUUUAUCUCUUAUCCCUCUUCCCUAAAUGCUAUGAAUUUUCACAUACAAAUGAUUGUUAAUAAAAUAAACCCUUACAAAAACA